AUGCUAACCAGUUAUCCGUUUGCUCUGAUUCGAACACGCUUACAAGCAAGAACAGUAUCUGGUAAUUUAACGCAACCGGAUACAAUGCGAGGUCAGAUACGUUACAUCUGGAAAACGGAUGGAAUAUCUGGUUAUUAUCGUGGACUUACGCCCAAUUUAAUAAAAGCCGUGCCGGCCGUAGCUAUAAGUUACUAUUUUUACGAACAUGUUCGUGCAUGGCUUGGUGCUCCAAUGACUUGA